UCCGCAACAUCAUGAACAUCAUUGACUUGGUGGCCAUCUUCCCCUACUUCAUCACCCUGGGCACUGAAUUAGUGCAGCAGCAGGAGCAGCAGCCAGCCAGUGGAGGGGGUGGCCAGAAUGGGCAGCAGGCCAUGUCCCUGGACAUCCUCAGGGUGAUUCGCUUGGUUCAGGUGUUCCGCAUCUUCAAGCUCUCCCGCCAUUCCAAAGGGCUGCAGAUCCUGGGAAGACCUUGCAGGCCUCCAUGAGGGAGCUGGGCCUGAUCAUCUUCUUCCUCUUCAUUGGAGUCAUCCUCUUUUCCAGUGCUGUCUACUUCGCAGAGGCUGAUGAUGAUGAUUCACUCUUCCCCAGCAUCCCAGAUGCCUUCUGGUGGGCAGUGGUUACAAUGACCACAGUGGGUUAUGGAGACAUGUACCCCAUGACUGUGGGGGGCAAGAUCGUGGGCUCUCUGUGUGCCAUUGCUGGGGUCCUCACCAUUGCCCUGCCUGUGCCGGUCAUCGUUUCCAACUUCAACUACUUCUACCACCGGGAGACAGAGCAUGAGGAGCAAGGCCAGUAUACCCAUGUCACUUGUGGGCAGCCUACACCAGACCUGAAGGCAACUGACAAUGGACUUGGCAAGCUGGACUUCUCUGAGGCCCCCCGGGAACGGAGGCCCAGCUACUUUCCCACUCCACAUCGGGCAUUUGCAGAGAAAAGGAUGCUCACAGAAGUUUGACCCAGGCGGGCAGAGCCUGCAUGAGAAGGGGUGUACUAAGUGAACUAACUAUUAGGCUUCUUUCUCAUCCUCACAACUCUCACCCUAGAUCCAGCUGACCUCUUGACUCCCUCCCCCUACACCCAGCACAUGGCAACCAGGACCAAAUACCUGGACUGUCAACCUUGUUGCUUGACCUGUACAGCAUUCAAGGUUUAUCCAUCUAAGUCACAUUUUUGAAAUUGCAACGGUGCCACCCAAUUAUGUCCAUCUUCUGUCCCGUGGAUGAGAUAUACUGUUCUGUCUGACCUUCCCUCAAGACUCUGAUUUUUCCUGUCUGGAACUUGUCUUAUCUUUAGGAGCAGAAACGUUAAUAGGAUGGAAAUCAGACAUACUUGGGUCCUAUUACUCUCCUUAUUGUCCUUUACUUUGGGGGGCCUGUACCUGUCUUAGCUUCUUGAUAAUUGGUGGAAGCUGGAAGAUGGAAACAGUACUCAAUGUGCUGUUUCAUUCCAUGAACUGUAACACCUGCUGGUCAUCCUGCAGAGCACCCUCUAUAGAGACUUAGUUGUACAGCCUCAAAAUAUGUUAUCCAUUUCUAAUCUUGGAUGGAAUGAAAGAAAAUGCAAUUAAAGUGGAUGAUCUGGAGGACAUGAGGGUCAGUCCUGGACCAAAGGGGCCAAUGGAUUCUCCCAGCUGUGAUUUGGUAUAGGAGACACUGGUCUUUGGUCUGCAUUUAGUCCUCCCCACUCUUAUCCCUGACUCUCUUGAGCUUCCAGGAAGGUUCCUUCUCAGAGCCAAAUACUCUUUUUGAGCAAGUGCCUUCCUAUGCAGAGGAACUGGAAACAGGUCCUACAGAGCCAGGAGAAAUGGCUGAAUAUAGUCAAGCAACUGGUUUUAUCACAAACCAGAAGCAAGGAACCACUAAGCAGAGAUUGCCAUCUUGGAGGGGCAGAGGAAUCUUGUUGCAGAUGUCAGCUUUUUUCUCCCUUAUUUCACCAGAACUCUCUCUGGCUUUCCACUCUUCUUCCUGGGAAUUUGACUUAGGAUUGCAGGUGAAGGCUUUCUAAAGCAACCCCAGCUCAAAUCUGUAGACAGGUGAAAGCACAUAUUGAUUGCCAGUUUCUUCUCUUUUUAUGGGUAAUGAUAUAUGUGGCUUAGGUUAAGGAACAAGCAUUAUUUUUUUGCUGACACUGGUAGAGGUUUUUGCUGAGUCAAGCAAACAUUCACCUGCUCUGCCCCCUGGAGCUGCAUCUGGCCUGCUCUAACUGGUAAGGUAAUCUGGCUGUUUCCCAGCUGGACUCAGCCAUCCUCUUCCAUUGUGAAACUACUGCCAUCCAUCCCAUCUGCCCACUUCCCUCUUUUCUCCCCAGUCACAUUACCAUUUGUUUCUUGCCUUUGAUAAACUGUGAUGUACUGUUUAAAUCUCUUCUGAAUGCAGUUCUGAAACUGAAAGGACUGUUACAAUGCUUUUAAUUUUAUAACUAUGCUUUAAGACUCUUAGAUGAAAAUUUUAAAAAAAUAAAACUUCCCGAAGAGCAACUUCUGAGGGAUAGCCUUUGAGGGUUUGCUUGAGAGGCAGUGUAGCUUCUGUGAGUGCCAGACUGAAAUCUGGAUUCUGCCACAGCUUUAUAGGGUAGCUCUGGCUCCACAGUCCCUCUUUGUGCCUCAGUUUCUCCCCAUUAAAUGGGAACAUUAAUGUCUUCCCCUCCCUA